AUGUCCAAUAUGGGUGCUGAAAUUGGCGCGACAACGAGUGCCUUCCCCUAUACACCGGCCAUGGGCCGCUACCUGGAAGCGACAGGACGUGCUGCUGUGGCGCGUGCAGCGUCGCAGGCAUCGGACUCGGGACUAUUGUCGGCAGACGCAGGCGCCGAGUAUGACAAGAUCAUCGACAUUGAUCUUUCGAAGCUUGAGCCGAGUUUGAAUGGUCCAUUCACACCUGACCUAAACGUCAAGCUCAGCGACUUUGUUGAGCGUGCACGCCGUGAGGACCGUUCGCAUCCGCGUGAACUGAGUGCUGCGCUUAUCGGCAGCUGCACGAACAGCAGUUAUGCUGAUAUGAGUCGAUGUGCGGAUCUUGCACGGCAGGCAGGCAAGCGAGGAAUGAAGGUCAAGGUGCCGUUCGAUGUGACGCCAGGCUCUGAGCAGGUGCGCGCCACAGUGGAGCGCGACGGAAUCGAAGAGACGCUAACGAAUGCAGGCGCACGCGUGCUUGCCAAUGCAUGUGGACCCUGCAUUGGUCAGUGGAAGCGCACUGACAAGCAAGGCGAGACGAACGUUAUCUUGACUUCAUUCAAUCGGAACUUCCGCGGUCGAAAUGACGGCAAUGCAAACACGCUCAACUUCCUCGCAGCACCAGAGAUUGUGACGGCAUUUGCGUUUGCAGGACGGCUCGACUUCAAUCCCAUGACUGACUCGUUGGAGGCGCCUGACGGCAGCACCUUCCGCUUUGAGCCGCCAGCCGAGAAGGAGCUGCCGGAGAAUGGGUAUGCGCUGGGCGAUAAGACGUAUAUGCCAGAACCGAUGCCGAUGCCGCAGCCGGAUGUGCAGGUGAUGAUCAACCUUGAGAGUGAGCGACUCGAGACGCUACAGCCAUUUGACAGCUACUUUGCGGCGGAGGAUGUUGCGCGAGGUUCGUUCGAGCUGCCGCCGAUGCGCUGCCUGCUACGUAUCCGCGGCAAGUGCACGACAGACCACAUCUCGGCAGCAGGGCCCUGGCUCAAGUACAAGGGUCACCUGAGCAACAUUGCCGAGAAUACACUGAUCGGUGCAACGAACGACGAGACAGGCACAGUGAACGAAGCACGUGACUAUGUGCGUCCUUCGUCGGCGUCGGAGUCACCAAACGAUACCAUCCCUGCGAUUGCGAAGCGCUUCAAGGCACGCGGUCAGCCAUGGAUUCUUGUGGCUGAUCACAACUACGGUGAGGGCAGUGCGCGAGAACAUGCUGCUUUGCAGCUCCGCUUGUUCGGUUGUGCCGUCGUGCUGGCACGCAGCAUUGCGCGCAUUGCUGAGACCAACUUGCGGAAGCAAGGCGUGCUGACGCUACUGUUUGAGAAUGAACAUGAUUAUGAAAAGAUCGGCAGUGGUGAUCUCGUCGAGACGCUCAAUCUCACGGAGCUGAUGCGUCCAGGUGCGGAUAUUGCCGCCGUCCAAGUGCGCGUCCUGGUGACCAAAUUCCAUGACGAUGGCAGUGUGCGUGAACAGUUUGAACUCCCUACACGCCAUUCGCUCAGCAAGACGCACCUUGACUGGAUCCGUGCGGGUUCUGCUUUGAACAACAUCCGCGCAAACGCAACGGUUGCACAGGCGGCUGCGUCGGGUGCGCCGUUCUCGACCUCCUCAUCCCAGAGGACCCCGUCUCCGUUAUCAUCAUCGUCCACGUCGACGGACAUCCCGUCUGGUGCACGGCGUUUCUCGACGGCGGCGCUCCGUCGAGCUUCAGCGCCGGCCGCCUCGUCUUCAGGCAACGAUCCUCGGUACGAACAGUUGCGGCAGCUCCUGUUCCCUGCGCCCGCCACCAACAAGAAACAGACUGGGCCCAAGACAUUAGCAGAUGCGAUCGGACAUGGCAAGGCAUCAGCGGAAGUGUACGAGACUAUCUCACGUGCAUGGCACUUGCAUGAAAGGCGACAGAAAGCAGCCUUUGCUGCUUCUCUAGCUACGAAACGCGCCCGGUUUGACGAGGCACUAGCUGAUCUGCGCAAAACCGACACAGCCCUGUGGAAGCGUGCCAAUGAGUAUGUCGGACCAACGAAACGCAACAUGGAAGAGCUGCACCGCUUGCGGCGCAUGGGCCUUGCUCAGCAAGGUGCCGGGGCCGGCGGUGCCAGUGCCGAUGGCGAGGCGCCGGGCAGCCGCAUGCUGGCGAAAAGGCGAGCGCGUCUCAUGGCGCGCACGCGACUAGCGACUCUUUUCCCACGCGAGCUGCGUGCACCCACAAUGACGCCGCCUGCCAAAGGAUGGCCUGCGUAUCGACCAGACGAAGAGUAG